AUGGUCAGUGGGAGCUUGGAGCUAGGUGCUGCACUGGACGAGGAACUCGACUGCAUCGGUGCUCACGCUCUGCUGAAAUUAAGCAAGGCAGGAAACGUUGGCUCCAACGGCUGGCGGAGGUGGAGCAGGAGGCGGUGGAGCGGGCCCUGCAGAAAUUCAACAACGCAGGAAACUCCAACGUCCGGUGGAGGAGCAACUUCUGGCGGUGGAGCAGGAGGAGGAGGAGCAGAGAUUUAUGCAUACAAAGGAUUUAUACAUACAGCAUUAACACUAAUGGAAGGAAAUAAGCUAACCUGCAUGGAUGUGAAUUUCAGAUAGCAACAACAACAGCGAAACAAACUUUAAAUCACAUUUAAAUUACGUAUACGCCGCGUAGCCGUAAACCCAA